AAACCGUCCGCCAAUCCGAAGCAGCGGAGGGCCGGGCUGAGCGGUGUGCGUGUGUCCUGCGAAGUGAGUGCGGGUCGAGGAGCUGAAGUGGGGGGACCGGCUGCUUAGUGGCUGUGUGUCUGCGUCACACGAAAAUGCACUCGGAUGCUGUCAAUUUUCAGCUGAACUCUCAUCUAUCAACACUGGCAAAUAUUCACAAGAUAUAUCACACUCUCAACAGGCUGAAUUUGACUGAAGACGUGGGCCAAGACGAUCACCAAACAGGGAGUCUGCGUUCUUGCAGCACUUCAGACUGUUUUAGUAGGACUAUGCCACCAAGGAAAAAGAGGAGACCUGCAGCAGGAGAUGACCUGUUGGCUAAGAAAAGUAGACAUGAUGGGAUGUAUAAAAAAUUUGAUUCCUCCAGAAUAAGAGCAGAGGAAGAAGCUUUCUCCAGCAAGAGAUGCCUAGAAUGGUUCUAUGAAUAUGCAGGAACUGAUGAUGUAGUUGGCCCAGAAGGGAUGGAAAAAUUUUGUGAAGAUAUCGGUGUGGAACCAGAAAAUGUUGUUAUGCUUGUUUUAGCCUGGAAAUUAGAUGCACAGAACAUGGGUUACUUUACAUUACAAGAAUGGUUAAAAGGAAUGACUUCCCUACAAUGUGAUAGCACUGAGAAACUUCGAAACACUCUGGAUUACUUGAGAUCCUUAUUAAAUGAGCCAACAAAUUUUAAACUUAUUUAUAGAUAUGCUUUUGAUUUUGCACGGGAAAAAGAUCAGCGGAGUUUAGACAUGAAUACAGCAAAAUGUAUGUUAGGACUCUUGUUAGGAAAAGCUUGGCCACUGUUUCCAGUGUUUCAUCAAUUUCUAGAGCAAUCAAAAUAUAAAGUUAUAAACAAGGACCAAUGGUGCAAUGUUCUAGAAUUCAGCCGCACAAUUAAUCUUGACCUCAGUAAUUAUGAUGAGGACGGGGCAUGGCCAGUAUUGUUGGAUGAAUUUGUUGAAUGGUAUAAAGAAAAACAGAUGGCAUAACACUUUAACUAUGCAUAGCAGCUGAAGAGUCAUUGUUAACACAUUUGCAUCAACCAUUAGCCAUAAAUUGCUGUUUGUUUGGAACUGCAUGUUGUUUCUUUGCACAGUGUAUCCCUCCCGCUGGAUCUCUGGGCGCAUUUGCUGUUUGACCGGGCGUGCUUUACGUGCAGCAUUGUUCUCUUUCCAGGCUGCUCUGCAUUUUGUAUUGACACUACAGAUUGGUGAACUUGCCAAUGUCCUCACUGUGAUUAUGUGUAUAUUGCUGUUAAUUUUUUUUUGUAUAUGCUUGUACAUAGGUGCUUCUCUUAAAGAACCUCUGCUGAAAUGUAUUGUAAAAAUGACCUGCCAUUUCUAGUCACUUUUUCUUUUCGAGGAACAAAACUGAAAAUCUAAAUUUGUUGUUAGGAAUGUCUGUUGACAUUUUUUAGCAUUUCAUGCACUGAAAUGACAAAACAUCUGUUCAAAAGUGUAAAUGCAGUUAUUUUUGUAGCAGAAUGUGACAUUGCUCCUGUAAAACUUGUUUAUGUGUACAAUUUUUCUUAGUGUCUGUUUCCCAAAUUAAUUGGAGUUGGCAAUUUAGUUGGCUGGACUAAUAUUUAAGCCAAAUACAGCCUAUAGCACUACUAAUUUCUAACAAAUUAGUAAACUGUUUUCUAAUUGCACAAAAUCACUGGAAAAGCAUGGUAUUAAUAGCUAGAAUGUUGUAUGCUAUGCCUGACUACUCCAAUUAGAAUUAAUUAGGGUACCCUCAUUGGUACUGAUGGUUUUGUUGCUUGUUGUCCUUCAGAUGAAAUGAUAGUCUGUGGACCAUUAGGGUCAAUUCACACCACAUGCAUUGUCAUACACUGUAGUGCAUUUUCCAGUGCAGUCAGUAUGCAUAAGUAUGAGAAAAGCCACUGCUUGUAUUAAGGCCUGUUAACGCCAACACGUUGUCUUGCAGCACAUUUAAAAAAAAGAAAACACGUUUAGAGUGUGUUUAUCCAUGUUUUCCUUUAAAAAACUAUCAGUCUUACUACAACCCCAGGGCAAUAUAUAUAUUGCACUGGCAGAAAUUGUGAAAUCCUGGCAUUGAUAUUAAAAACAUGACUUCUCAUGCCA